GUCUUCGCGUGAGGACGUGCGUAGAUCUUCUGUUCCUCACCCAUUACGAGCGUGCUUUUCCCAUCGUGCGUCGGAGUGGCACGGAGUAAAAAUAAUAAAAACCAGAAACAGAAACAGAAUCCGAUUUCGAUUCCGAGUCCGAGUCCACACUGCGGACAACAGAUAGACCGCAGACAGCAUAAAUUUGCGACAAUUCGACGGCUUCAGUGGCGGUGCAGCUUUUGUGCCUCUGAAAUUGCAUUCACAAAGACCCGAAAAUCAGGAUCCGGCCGGGGAUCGACCAUAGCUGGACCCUGUAUCUGUGUGCGACGCUGUUGCUUCCUGUGUCCAUGCCAGUGUGUGUGUGUGCGAGUGUGUGUGCAGUCACGUGUUCUAAGGUGAUUUUAACGAGUUCCGUGAUACGCGAAAUGAGAUAAGAAACAAGCGAAGCCAAGGAGGAGAACAGAGAGAGAGAGAGUGAAAAGAGCAAAAGAAAUCCCCGAGGCCCCAGGCCACACAAAACAGGAUACCCGCUCGUUGGCUGCCGUCACGCUGCCUCUUAAAGGAUUUGAGGAUAAAUCAAAAAUUGCAUAAAGCAAAAUUGUUUUUUAAAUUGUGCUGAGAAAGGAAAAUUCGAAAUAACUAAAAAUAAACAAAAAGAAACAUAUGAAAAAUCAGUGACGUUUUAUCAACGGCAAUUUAUUGAUCAACAAUUAAUAACACAAUCGAAAGCUGAUAUUAAGAAAUAUAUGACCUGAAGAAAAGAAAAGUGAAUUUUUCACCAUGCGGUUUCACCAAGCUGUCUAUCAAAUGGCCUUGACCACAAUCCUUCUAGCAAUCACAAUAGAGCUAGCAAGCGCCCUGAGAGAUGUACGGGUGCGAGUGCCACACGCGGUGCGGCGUGGAGAGAAGGGCAUACUGAAAUGCUUUUACGACAUCGAGGACGACAGCCUGUACUCGGUGAAGUGGUACAAGGGCAGGCGGGAGUUCUAUCGAUACACCCCAAAGGAGACUCCGCCCAUGAAGGUCUUUCAUUUUCCGGGUGUUAAAGUGCGGCGCGUGUCCUCGAAUGAGAGCCAAGUGGUGCUGGAUGCGGUAACAAUGGCAACAUCCGGUAAAUACAGUUGCGAAGUAUCUGCGGAUGCGCCCUCAUUUCAUACAUUAAUAGCGGCAGCCGAAUUGGAGGUUAUUGAGACACCGCACAAUGCGCCAUUCAUAACGGGAAUUCGUUCCAGAUACCGGGUCGGCGACAUAUUGCGAGGUAAUUGCACAUCGCGACACUCCCGGCCCGCGGCCAAUCUCACAUGGACAGUGAAUAAUGAAGAGGUGAAUCCAUCCCACGUGCGGCAUCAUAAAAUCGUUGUGGAUACGCGAAACGAUAUGCAAACGUCCAUUGUGGGCAUUCACUUCGUGGUCACCGAUCAGCACUUUGACAAUGGCAAGCUUAAGCUCCGAUGCAGUGCCCAGCUGCACGACGUGUACUGGAAGACCACUGAGAAGACCAUCCUCGAGGCGGAUCCAUUCACCAAGUACGGCAGCGGAGGGGCCAGCGGGAAUCGCGUCAGCCCCGACGAGUUCUACGACCAGUACACGCUGCACGAGGACGAGCAGUUUCACAGCAAGAAGAACAGCUAUCUGACACAGCUGCAGGACUUUCUCUUUCAUUCCUCAGGCGAAGAAGACGACGGGGCCGAAGGAGCGGAGGACGGCGGCGCUGCCUGGCGGGGCGCAGGCUCGGGCUCGUCCAGUUGCUGUCCGAGUCAAUCUUUGGCAGUCAGUGGAUCGCUGCUGGCGGUGCUCGGCUGGACGCUAGGCAGGCAAUUAGUGUCGCAGUUGCAGGCGCUAACAAGCGGCGCCAGCAAGUACAGCAGAAGGUGCACCAUCCUCCGUACACAUUCCGGACACAUGCGGGUCAGCGCCACAAAGCAAAGGCAGCGGCGGGCCCAGGGCCUGCAGGCGUCCAACUGCAGCUGGAGAGGAUGUACACUCGAGAAGGCCAGAGGCACCGGCAGCAGCAGCAGCAGUUGCAUCAGGCAAUUAACAUGAUUCAAUUGUCAUGCAACUCUUGUGCCACAUGCCGGGGAGGUGAACGGGAUGCGAGAGUAGGGGAAGAGCCGUCGAGAAGAAGCCAGAAUGCGCAGAGCAAAUGCUUAGGAUGAGGUGCGAGAGUUCAGCCCUAGGCCAAGACCCAUAAGCAAAAGCAACCACUGCAAAAUGUAUCUAAAAUAUUUACACACUUAUACACCAAGACACAAGACACUCGUUUCAGCUAGCUCAAAGUAACUUCGAAUGCAUUUAAGAGAAACAAAAAACAAAAAGCAAAA